CCCGCCCCGCCGCAGAAGCCUCACCCUGGCACCCACACUUGUGCUCCGGGUGUCUGUCCCGCGCCGAUCCCACCCAGGCUGCUCUUCCUCGGCCACGCACGGCACGGCGGGCCGGCCGCCAGGAUGCAGGCCCCGCACAAGGAGCACCUGUACAAGUUGCUGGUGAUCGGCGACCUGGGGGUGGGUAAGACCAGCAUCAUUAAGCGCUACGUGCACCAGAACUUCUCCUCACACUACCGGGCCACCAUAGGCGUGGACUUUGCGCUUAAGGUGCUCCACUGGGACCCGGAGACCGUGGUGCGCCUGCAGCUCUGGGACAUCGCAGGUCAAGAAAGAUUUGGAAACAUGACAAGGGUCUAUUACAGAGAAGCUAUGGGUGCAUUCAUUGUCUUUGAUGUCACCAGGCCGGCCACAUUUGAAGCAGUAGCAAAGUGGAAAAAUGAUUUGGACUCAAAGUUAACGCUCCCAAAUGGCAAACCAGUUUCAGUGGUUUUAUUGGCUAACAAAUGUGACCAGGGGAAGGAUGUGCUCAUAAACAAUGGCCUCAAGAUGGACCAGUUCUGCAAGGAGCAUGGUUUUGUAGGAUGGUUUGAAACAUCAGCAAAGGAAAAUAUAAACAUCGAUGAAGCCUCCAGAUGCCUGGUGAAGCACAUACUUGCAAAUGAAUGUGAUCUAAUGGAGUCUAUAGAGCCGGACAUUGUGAAGCCCCAUCUUGCAUCACCUAAGAUUGUCAGCUGCUCCAGCUGUGCCAAAUCCUAGUAGCAUCCUCUGCUGGCACAUGAUAGAAAUAGGCCCUUGACCCUAUGAAUUGUGCCUCUUAUUUUGCCAUUUUGGGUAAAGGUCAGAUUAGUAAAACGUGGCAAACCAAAGAUCUCUGCCUACAUUUUUCUUAUAAGAAAGAAAUAACAAAUGCUUUUUUAUAUCAUCAGCACAGUUUUUACAAGCUUUUUAAACAUCUAAUUUGUUACAAAAUUCUGUUGUGUUGCUGAGCAAACUUUUGUAGGGCUAGAGUGAGCCCCGGUAUUUGCUCCUUUAAACCAGCAAAAGCCUUAGGACUUAAAGAGAAGAGGGACAGAGCGAACUAGCUGUCAAGUUAAGCAUUGAUAUUUGCCUUGUCCUAGUGUGUCUUUGUGCAGAUUUCAAUACAUUCUCUGCUGGCCUGACAGGUCUAUUAAAUAGAAAUGGUAUUUUCCCCAGAGAUGACCUCCAUUCUUGGCAGACCUAAGAGCUGUCUAUGAUUUAGCUCUUCAGAGUCGUGUACACAGGCUUCCUGUGCUUUUGUUGUCUUCAUUGCCACUUGCUGUGACAUGAAUGUUGGUUUAACUGAACACAAUCUGAAAAGAGCUACCCCCUAGAUGUGCCUUUUCUGUUAGCUUUCUCUGAACCAAGCUGUGGGACUCUUCUCUACAUGUAAUAUAUAUUAUAUAUAUUUUCACAAGUGAAAAAUAAAACAUUAAAAGAUGCUG